CGACGACAUGGGAAGGUGGUGGGUCGUCAUAGAGGGAGGGUGGUGGGUCACCUAUCAGGGUGGUGAUGGUCAUUGCUGGUCAAAAGGGGUUGUGGGUCGUCGGGAGGAUAAAGGGGUGGUGAAUUAGUAAGGGUACGAUUGUCCAAUCACACCAAGUCACCAAUGUUGGCGGUGGUGUUCAUUUUUGUUGGCGAUGUUUACCAAUCCACUUUAAUUUCCGUACAUCAUUUUUUCUUCUGACAAGUUUAUGCAUCCAAGUAUUGGGUUCCCUGAGCAAGAAGCCUAUAGCUCAGUGGAGCUAAGCUUCAUUCCUGUGGUAGUGACCCGGGUUCGAGGCUCAUAUCCCCCCUCCCCUGUGGGUAAUACCCCCUUGAUAUUCCUGUGAUAGGAAAUUAAGGUGGGGCCCACCCCUUACCCCUAAAAAAAAAAAAAAAAAAAAAAAGUAUUGGGUUCCCUUAGUACGAUAAUCAAAUCAUCAAACACGCUAAUAAUUUACUUUUGAAAUUCCAAAGAUAUUUGCCCGCCAUUUUAUUCAUUUCCUCUCACUCAUACUCACUCAAACACCUCUCCAAAAUUAUUCAGCAAGAUUUUUCGUUUUCCACCCCUUAAUUUCUUCCUCCGAUUCAAUUUUUCCGAUCUUCUGCAAACAACAAUGGCUUCUUCUUCUGUUCAAUUAAUCAUCGACGACGAUGAAGAGGAUUUCGAUUGGGAAGCAGCAGUUCGAGAAAUCGAUGUUGCAUGUCAGAGCACCGCCGCUAAAACCCUAGAAACGCCGCCACCUCAACCUCAACCUUCCAAUGUUACUUUUGGCGGCAAUAAUUUCUGGAAGAAUCAUCAAUUAAACAAAGUUCCGAAUAAUUCCCGUCAAUUAACGCUUGAUAGAUUUAUUAGUAAUGGGUCUUCGAAAAUGGGUGUCGAGAAUGAAAUUGAAUGUCGAGGUGAUGAUGAGCAAAUUAGGGUUCAUGAAAGGGCGUGUUAUGUAGAUAUUGAUCUUGAGGCUGCUAAAACUUGGAUUUAUCCAGAUAAUGUUCCUCGUCGUGAGUAUCAACUUGAAAUAGCCAGGACAGCUUUAUUUUCGAACACAUUAGUGGCACUACCUACAGGCCUGGGAAAAACUCUCAUUGCUGCUGUUGUUAUGCAUAACUACUUUAGAUGGUUCCCUGAAGGUAAGAUAGUUUUUGCUGCUCCUUCGAGGCCCUUGGUUAUGCAACAAAUAGAAGCCUGCCAUAAUAUUGUCGGUAUACCACAAGAAUGGACAAUUGAUAUGACAGGUCUUAUAAGUCCCCCCAAAAGAGUAUCCUUGUGGAAAGCUAAACGUGUAUUCUUUGUCACACCCCAAGUGCUUGAAAAAGAUAUUCAGUCAGGGGCUUGUCUUGUGAAGUCGCUGGUGUGCCUAGUGAUUGACGAGGCUCAUCGUGCAAUGGGGAACUACUCUUACUGCGUGUCUGUUCGUGAGCUGAUGGCAGUUCCUAUUGAGAUAAGAAUAUUAGCUUUGACUGCUACCCCUGGCUCAAAGAAGGAAACUAUUCAGCAGGUAAUUGAUAACCUGCAAAUAUCUACGCUUGAAUAUCGCAAUGAAAGUGAUGCUGAUGUAUGCCCUUACGUACACAAUAGGAAGCUUGAACUAAUCGAGGUUCCAAUGGGGAAGGAUGCUGAUGAGAUACAUAAUCUUCUCGUGGAGGUUAUACGGCCACUUGCUGCCAGGCUUUGUGCAAUGGGAGUGCUACCAGGCAGGGACUUCCAAACAUUGAGCCCUUGCGAUUUGCUGAAUUCAAGGGAUAAAUUUCGACAAGCACCACCGCCAGAACUUCCGCAAGUGAAGUAUAGUGAAGUAGAAGGUUACUUUGGUGUUCUUAUUACACUCUACCACAUACGCAAGCUACUCUCUAGCCAUGGAAUAAGACCAGCACAUGAGAUGCUUGAAGAAAAGCUGCGACAAGGGUAUUUUGCAAGACUUAUGAGUAGAAAUGAAGCCAUUCAGAGUGCAAAGAUUUUAAUGCAGAAGAGUCUGUCGCAUGGUGCCCCCAGCCCAAAAUUGUCGAAAAUGAUAGAAAUUUUAGAAAGUCACUUCACAACAAAUGAUCCAGCAAAAUCAAGGGUAAUCAUUUUUUCAAAUUUUAGGGGGAGUGUCAGGGACAUAUUAGAUUCAUUAGCCCAUGUUGGUUCAGUCAAAGCAACUCAAUUUAUUGGUCAAAGUUCAGGAAAAACAUUGAAAGGCCAGUCACAAAAGGUUCAACAGGCAGUUCUUGAGAAAUUCCGUUUGGGUGGAUACAAUGUUAUUGUUGCCACAUCAAUUGGUGAAGAAGGGCUUGAUAUUAUGGAAGUUGAUCUUGUGAUAUGUUUUGAUGCUAAUAUAUCUCCUUUGAGGAUGAUUCAGCGGAUGGGAAGAACAGGAAGAAAACAUGAUGGUCGAGUUGUUGUAUUAGCUUGUGAGGGUACUGAGCUAAAAGGUUAUAAACGGAAACUAGCAACUGGUAAGACUGUUGGGAAACACAUGCGAAAUGGGGGCAUGAAUAGUUUCACUUUUCAUUGCAGCCCAAGGAUGCUUCCUCAUCAUCUGAAACCAGAACUGCAAUUUGUAGAACUAUCAAUUGAAAAAUUUAUUCGUCCAGUGAAAAAGGUUAAAGUUGAUUCCCCCCAACAACCAAAGUUCAGGGAAAGGCUCACUGAAGCUGAAUCUGCGUUGUUAGAAAAAUACUUUUUGUCUAAUGAGGCAAUAAAACCAUCUCUAGUUGCCUUUCCUUUUUUCCAGACGUGUCCCUCCAGGGUGCACAGAAUAAUGCAUUCAUCUCGAUCCGGAUGGCUCAUUGAUGCAAUGCAGCUUCUUCGAGGGUUGCCAUCCAAUACUGGCGAAAAUUGUGGGCUUGAUUUUCCGAGGAGUACUCGGUACUUGAUAACUGGGAGUGUUGAAAAAUAUACUGAAAAUGGAAGAGAUAUACUUGAUCCUUUAGAUUAUUCUGCUGCACCGAAAGAAAAAUCCUACUCUGAGGUCUCUUCAUUUGGCCCUUCAGUGGCUGAGGAGAAGCACAUGCUCAAUUCUCCUGAUAGAUUACUCGAAAUUCCAGUUCCUCUUCCAGUUAUUUUGCCGUCUAACAAAGUUACAAUGCUGGAUUCUUCCGCUCAAGAUGUAUGCGAAGCUCAUUCAAGAGUCAGGUCUCACUUACCAGCUGGUGACAAGAAUUGUGACGCAGCUGAAGUGGAUUCAAUAAUUGUCCUUACCUCACCUGAUGACCAGAUUUGUGCAGAUGAAAGUAUUGGAUGUGAGACUGCUGAUGCAACAGAACCCAAAUCCCCAGCUACACCAGCUGCAGAAUGUGACUUAGAUAACGCAUACUCUGAUUUCAGUCCUCGUCUAACCAGCUUUAUUGAAAGUGGUGUUGUUCCAGAGUCUCCUCUGAGUGAUGCUGGAGAAGGUAUAAUAGUAUCUAAGAAAGAGGACAAUGUUGUAGACUGGAACAGUGGUGAAGAGAAAGAUAAAAGUCAUGUCCAAGAGCCCGUAUUAUCUCCCAAUUGUGGAACUUUGUUAACUAUUGCUAGUAAAGAGAUUACUGUUACCUCAUCUCCUCAGACAAUAGAGGUCAGACCUGGUGGAAGUGAAAUGUCAUUGGGACUACCUGAUGGUCUCUUGAAAUUGGGAGACACCUUUCAACCCCCAUCUUCCCCAGAAUUUCAAACUCCUUCGCGAAAUAAAACAAAGAGCAGCUGUGCCGAAGAUUGGUGUAUGAGUUCUGGAAAACAGUCAGGAUCCAAUGAACGUCUUCUUAGAUUAAAAAGAUUGCGCAGGAUUGGGGAUUUUGCCAAAGAGAAACAACAAAUUAGUGUAAAAGAAAAGCCAACUCACUCCUCUGUAGAAGUUUCAUUUGAAUUCACUGAUGAUCAUCAUAAGACUGUCAGGCAUAACAAAGGUGAAGGUAUUGUACUAUCUAAGAAAGAGGAUGAUGUUGUAGAUUGGCACAGUAGUGAAGAUAAAGAUGAAAAUCGUGUCCCAGAACCAGAAUUAUCUCCCAAAGCUUGUGGAAAUUUGUCAACUAUUUCUAGUAAAGAGAUUAUUGUUGGCUCUUCCCCUCAGACAAGAGAGGUCAGACCUCUUGAGAAUGAAAUGUCAUUGGGACUACCUGAUGGUCUCUUGAAAUUGGGAGGGACCUUUCAGCCCCCAUCAUCCCCAGAAUUUCGAAGUCCUUUGCAAAAUAUAACAAAUAGCAGUUGUGACGAAGAUUGGCAUAUGAGUUCUGGAAAACAGUCUGGGUCCAGUGAACGUCCUUUUAGAUUGAAAAGGUUGCGCAGGAUUGGGGAUUUUGUCAAAGAAAAGCAACAAAUUAGUGUAAAAGAAAAGUCAAUUCACUCCUCUAUAGAAGUUGCAUUUAAAGUCACUGAUAAGACCAGGCAUAACAAAGUGAAAAAACCAUUUGAAGAUGCCAGAGACUUCAUUGAUGAAGAAGCUGAGGUGUCCUCGGAAGAUGUGGUGCCAGAUUCAGAAGAUGAGGUUAAUAAUGAAGAUAGUGAUGCUUAUGAAGAGAGUUUUAUAGAUGACCAAUCUGAUCCGGCAGUUGGUAGUGGUCAAACAGAAGAUAGUAAAAUGGAUAUGAUGGCAAUUUACAGGCGUUCCCUACUCACUCAAUCACCAUUUCAAGAACAGCAGAAACAUUUUAGUGUAGUAACUCCAGAGUCUCUGCCUUCUGUUACCACAAUGACAGAAGGUGGAGAAUCCAUUGGGAAGACUUGCACUCUACAAACUCCUCAAGGCUCUUUGAAAUCUCGUAAUAUAUCUACAAGGAACUCAGUAGGUUCUUGUUUGAAUUCGAUAGCAUGUGAAGGUAUAAAAAGCGGCAGUAGCAAUUCUUUGGUAAAUGUGGCUAAUACUGAGAGUUCAAAAAGAAAAAUGAUUUCAAACAGAGCUUUUACUCUUCCUGCAAAGAACCUGGAGAAGGAGUUCUGCUCUGAUUCAGCACUUCCAAGCAAAGAAGCACCGUUACCAUAUCAAUGCAAUGGUAUUGAUGCAGAAUGUGCUUCUCUCUUGGAUGAUCAAUUUUAUGAAGGCCUUGAUCUUGAUGAAUUGGAGGCCCAGGCUGCUAAACUUCUAAGUCAAAGAACAGGGUCAUCUGUGCAAAGAAGAAAAAUAUCCGAACCCUUGCCACAGGACUCUGCUCUUGUAAAUCCUCCAUCAUUUGAUCUUGGAAUCUCAUGAUUAUAUACAAAGUUCCAUUGUGUUACUGGUUUGUGAUUGGUUCAGUGCUGCUAGAAGCUUCCUUUCUAAACAGAGAAGUUACAGAAAUAAGAAGUGUCAUAUUACCCUCCUAAACUCGGCUCCAACAUGAUGAGAUUCUUUAGCUUCAACAGACCAUCUUUAGUUGCUAAUGGUAUUACAUUUGUAUGAUAUAGCUGCAUUAACAUGAGUUAAUGACUGCCUAGAAGCCCAAUGGCCUUCUAUUAAGUUAUGAAAAUGUAACUCUAUGUUUAUGUGAGAAAGUUUUGUGUAUAUCCUACCUGUACAGUCGGUGAAGCUAGUACUAUAAUUUUUUUGUACUAGUAUUGAAAUUUUGAGGUGUAUAAUUUGAAAUGUGUUCUGGAAUAAAAUGCUUGUCUUUCUCUAAAAAUAUAUUUGACU